AGAAAUGGUGUGGCGUGUGACCCUGCCCUGUCAGCACUGAGGAACUGCACUUCACAACCAACUGAGCCAAUGAUUAUAUCAAGAUCACUCACCUCCUCUUCAAACAAAUCCACAGAUUCCUAACUGACACAACAACAAGCUCCAAAAACACCACAACUAUUGACUUUCCACGCAUUAAGGUUGGAAAGACUGAGCACAGAGAAGCUUCAGAUAUUUAGGGCCUGAAGGGGUUAAUUGACAAGAGGAGACGGUGUGUGUCCACCAGACUACUAUGAUCUGAUCCUGGGAGGAGCUAAACUGGUCUGGUGCUGACAUGUGGGGUGCACUGAGACUCCAAGUGGCCUGUUUCUGGGCAGUAUUGGUGUGGAGUGAAGUUAGUUUCCAAUAUCCCCAGUCCACUAGCCGUUACCAAUACACAGCAUCAGUCUUUGCUGAGCUCCAUCCCACGGAGAUGCAAGCAGUAAAAACCUUCCUCUUCUCCCAGAAACACCUCAAGCUGUCAACCGCAAAAAGUCAGACACUCAAGAAAAAUUACAUCUUCCUCAUCGAACUUCAAAUGCCCAGAAAGCAGCAUGUCCUCAGUUUCCUGAGAGGAACCGGCUGUGUCCCCAGGCGGACUGCCAGGGUAGUGAUCUUUUUUGGUGCUGAGCCAGCUCCCAAUGUGACUGAGUUCAUCGUUGGCCCGUUGCCAAUGCCCACGUACUACCGGCCUGUGCCACUGAGUGGUAACCGGCCGAUACGGUUCACUGCCCGACCAGCAACGUAUUUGGAGUACACCUUCAUUAAUGAGAAACUGUUGGAAGUAACCAAGCCAGCAACGCUCCUCCUGAGGGAAUCCAGUGGAUUCUGGUAUAACAACUGCACUGACCACUGCCUGAUCUUUACUGAUGUUGCCCCCAGGGGUCAGACAUCAGGUGAUAGAAAGUCAUGGUUCAUUCUGCAGCGGGCUGUGGAAGGGUAUUUCAUUCAUCCAAUUGGCUUUGAGAUCCUGUUAAACCAUGAAUCUCUGGAUCCCCAGGAUUGGCUAGUGGAGAAGGUUUGGUUUAAUGGGCAGUACUUUGACAGUGUGGAACAGCUGGUGUGGAGUUACAACCUGGGCCUUGUCAAUAUUCUCCAGCUGCCGAAAUAUAGAAGUGAAGACCUUUACUCUACCUACAUACCCAGAGGCCAGCUCAGAAGCCUGACUGACAUUCCCGGGCCCAAGGUCUAUGAGCCCCAAGGGAAGAGGUACAAGGUGCAGGGGAACUUAGUCAUGUAUUCUGGCUGGAGCUUUGCAUUCAGGAGCCGGUCCUCCACAGGCCUCCAGCUUUUCGAUGUCCGAUUUAAUGACGAACCAAUCGCGUAUGAGAUCAGUGUCCAGGAAGCCAUCGCAUUUUACUCAGGGCACAGCCCAGCGGGAAUGCAGACAAAGUACAUUGACACAGCGUGGGGAAUGGGCACCUUGAACUAUGAGCUGGCAAAGGGGGUUGACUGCCCAGAGAUAGCCACCUACCGAGAUAUUUACCACUUUAUGGACACAGACCAGCCAAUCCGCUACAAGAAUGCGCUGUGUAUAUUUGAAUAUUCCACUGCAGUGCCACUCAGGAGGCAUUUCAACAGUAAUUUCCAAGGAAGCUUCAAUUUCUAUGGGGGCCUGGAGAACCAGGUGCUGGUGAUCAGAACCACAUCCACAGUCUUUAACUAUGACUAUAUCUGGGACUUCAUCUUCUACCAGAACGGGGUGAUAGAGAUCAAGGUUCACGCCACCGGUUACAUCCAUGCCACCUCCUUCAUGCCUGAGGGAGUAAACUAUGGCAACAAAGUCUAUCAUAGUGUCUUGGGCAAUCUUCACACUCACCUCGUCCACUAUAAAGUGGAUCUGGAUGUGGCAGGAACAGAGAACAGUUUUGAAACCCUUGGGUUGAAGUUUGAGAACAUCAGUAACCCAUGGGUUCCAGGAGAUUACAUUGUGCAGUCAAGACUGGAAAGGGUGCUGAGGGAGCGGGAGCGAGCUGCAGCUUUUAGCUUCCGGAAAGCUCUGCCCAGGUACUUGCUGUUCACCAAUCCCAACCAGCAGAACAAGUGGCAAAACCAGCGAGCCUACCGCAUCCAGCUCAACUCUCAAGCAGAUCGCGUCCUACCUCGCAACUGGAAGGAGGAGAAGGCAAUCACCUGGGCCAGGUACCAGUUGGCGGUGACUCGAUUCCGAGACAGGGAGGAGACCAGCAGCAGCAUGUACCUUCAGAAUGACCCAUGGGAUCCAACAGUUACCUUCGAGAACUUCAUUCGCAACAAUGAGAACAUCACCUCUCAGGACCUUGUUGCCUGGGUAACUGUUGGUUUUCUACACAUUCCACACUCAGAAGAUAUUCCCAACACCAGUACUCCUGGAAAUGCCGUCGGAUUCUUCCUCCGUCCAUUCAACUUUUUCCAGGAAGACCCUUCUGUUGUGUCACGGAGCACAGUGAUUGUACGGCCGGAUGGUCAGUCCAUAUCGAAGGUGAAGAUUCAGAGGUGGACGUUGACUUCUCCUGACAUUUGCCUCUCAGAAAGCCCCUUCACUUACAAUGGCAGUUACUUAGCCGACUAAUGUCUCCAAGUGGGAGAUCAGAAUGAUCAACAAUCAUCAUCUGAAAUAUCUCAACUAGGCUUUAGACCAUCCCAGUGGGGCCAAAAGGUCUCCUUUCUAAUCUAAAAGUUUCUACAUUUCUAUGUUCUGGCUGAGUCCUAAAUAGCUUAUUCUCACUAACACAAUCAAUGCUCUUCAGAAAUCUCCCCAGCACCUUGCUCUGAUCCAAAGAGAACUGUCUCUGUUUCCCUAGUGUCUCAAAAUUUACCAAACUUCCUCAUCCAGCUCCUGUUCUGCCCUAGUCCCUCUCCAAGGCCCUAUUGUCACCAUCAAUUCUCUCCCUCUCUCCUUUGGGAGUCUGAUGUGGCCCCUCUUUCACCUCCAGCAACCCCCUCCCUGUACAGUUAUUGCCCUGCGUUGGUUUAGCUCCUGCUCUGACUCUGCGAAAUGCCUUGGGGUGAAGGUAGAUAGAGCUGUGAUCCCAGGGUGACCUACACCUGUCAGCACAGUCCCAUGUUGUUUAUCUCUGAUGAAGGGUCUAGGCCCGAAACGUCAGCUUUUGUGCUCCUGAGAUGCUGCUGGGCAUGCUGUGUUCAUCCAGCCUCACGUUUUAUUAUCUUGGAUUCUCCAGCAUCUGCAGUUCCCAUUAUCACUCACCCAUGUUGUUUAUUUCCUGUUGUCACCUGAAUCUGUCUCUGCCAUAUCUCAGUGCAGUUCCAAAUACUGUUUCCUUAUCCACAAACACCAGUCUCUGUGUCCACCUCUUCCAUGCUCUUUCCUCAGGAUCUCAGUGCCAAGUCACCACAAACAUCACAUGCGUUCACUUUGGACCACGGCAUCUCAUCUUAGAGAAUUAGACUUAGAAUUGGACUUAAAGGGACAGCUCGCCUCCUUUCUGAAAAUGAUCACAGUGCUCCACAAACUGCUGUUAAAAGCGAUUGUGUAGUUUGAGAAUUAAUGUGUUCAUAAUCCUUAAUAUAAACAAAAUAGGGACUGUUGUUCGAAUAAGAAAGAAUGAUUUCUAUAUUGAAUUAUGAAUAAACUUCAGGAGUACAUUGA